CUCCGCCCGACCACCAGUCAAUCUGUAGAACGCUGAACGAAGCGAUCGAAUCGGUUGCAUAGAAACAUUGUACUAGAACACGUAAAUUACGUUAGCGAAACUCGUUUCGACCACCGAGGGAUUUUCUUGAAGAUUUAAUAUACAACAAAAGAAAAUGUCGGAUCCCUCGCAUGGAAAAAUAGAAGAUAACCCCAAAAUAUUGUCGGGGCCGGUGCUAACGAACUCUCCAAAUGCUGUUUUAUCGAAAACUCUUCUCGGUCGGUACAAUGAUUUAUCGUUGCCGGCUGACAGCAUUCUGGCAACUUAUAUCUGGAUUGAUGGAUCCGGCGAGCACCUCCGUUGCAAAGACCGUACCCUAAAGUAUAUACCAAAGGUUCCUAAAGAUAAUUUUACACGAGUUAUAACUGAACUGAAUGACAAAUAUAUCAGUAAACUGAAUGCAAAUUUGAAAUGGAAGCACGCAAAGGAACAUAGUCCGCCAUAUUUUUGUCCAAAGGAUCUAGAAAACGUAUUUACGAUUCGUUGCAAGCUGAGAGAACGAGAAAAUAGGAAUAGCUUUGAUGAAAAUUUGAAAGAUUUACCAGUCUGGAACUUCGAUGGCAGUUCAACAGGUCAAGCCACUGGACAUAACUCUGACACAUUCCUGGUGCCACGCGCUAUUUACAAGGACCCAUUCCGACGUGGAAACCAUAUUCUCGUUAUGUGCGAUACAUUUAAGUACAACAUGGAACCCACAGAAAGUAACCAUCGUGUGAAAUGUCAAGAGGCUUAUGAUAAAUGCAAAGAUGAUGAGCCUUGGUUCGGUAUUGAGCAAGAAUACAUACUUCUGGAUUCUGACCUCCGACCCUUCGGCUGGCCCCCAGGCGGUUUCCCGCCACCACAAGGCCCUUACUAUUGCGGUGUCGGUGCCAACAAAGUGUUCGCUAGAGACCUCGUUGAGGCUCACUACAGAUGUUGCUUGUUUGCCGGCGUGCCGAUUGCUGGCACCAAUGCUGAGGUAAUGCCCUCACAAUGGGAGUUCCAGGUUGGACCCUCGGUUGGAGUGAGCGCUGGUGACGAUCUCUGGAUCGCCCGGUACAUCCUCCACAGAUUAGCCGAAGAGUAUGGCGUUAUCGUCACUUUUGAUCCGAAACCGGUUCAAGAUUGGAAUGGGUCGGGGGCCCACACCAACUUUUCUACAAAGAAAAUGAGAGAAGAGAACGGUAUUAUUGAAAUCGAGAAGGCGAUUGAUAAGCUGUCCAAGGUACACAUGAAGCAUAUCAAAGUGUAUGAUCCCCGAGGUGGAAAAGAUAACGAGAGAAGGUUAACGGGUCUUCACGAAACAGCCAGUAUUAAUGAUUUUAGCGCAGGCGUUGCUAACCGUGGUAGCAGCAUUAGAAUACCACGACUUGUCGCAGAAGAGAAGAAGGGGUACUUAGAAGAUCGUCGCCCAGCCUCCAACUGUGAUCCUUAUGCAGUCACCGAUGCUCUUAUGCGCACUUGCAUACUCAAUGAAUAACAGAGGAGCCCCGAACUCUGCACAAUGCCCGAAUCACGUGUCAGCUAACAUCCAUAGUAAUAAGAAAUCAACACAAAA